AUGACUAAAAUCACUUAUACCAAGAUGGUUGUUGUUUUUAAGCAAAAGGUCGAUUCGGAAGUCUGGACAAAUCCCACUCCCGAGGCUUUGAUCAAGGAAUGUCUUGACCCUUACAUGAGACCUUGUACCGACCACGCUACAAAGACCAUCAGGUUUGCUUAUGAGAAAGAGAAUGAUAGCGCAUUGAUGAAGACCGAUAUGUGGCCAACGUUCGGUAGGCCGCAGAUGUUCAAUGAUUGGGAGGUUUCUGACAUAACUGCUUUUCGCAAGAAUGGCAAGACCGAGACCCUCAGCGCUUGA